AUGCUCGUCUUCGUGCCCCCUCAUCCCUUGAUUAAUCACUGGCUCGCCAUCGCGAGGAACGCGAUGACGCCUCCUUCGAUUUUCAGGAGCACCCUCGGCGAGCUCGGCCGGCUGCUCAUCUACGAAGCCGCGCGCGACUGGCUUCCCACGUUCAGCGCCGAGGUCGAGGGUCCUGUGGGCACCGCGACGGUGGAGAUGGUAGACCCGAAUCAGCCGAUCGCGGUCGUUCCGAUAUUACGCGCGGGGUUGGUGCUCCUGGAGGAGGCGAAAACCGUGCUUCCCGUGACGAACACGUACCACCUCGGAUUCGCGCGCGACGAAGAGACGCUCGAGGCGAAGAUGUACCUGAACAAGCUCCCGUCGCAGUUCCCCGAAGGACAGCGCGUCCUCAUCUCGGACCCGAUGCUCGCGACCGGGGGCACGAUCGUGAAAGCGAUCGACGAGUGCGUCAGCCGGGGCGCGAAGGUGAGCGACAUUCGCGUCGUGUGCGUCGUGACGUGCCCGCCCGCGCUCACGGUGUUAUCGGAUAAGUACCCAGGGUUGCGCGUGUACGCGGCGAUGAUCGACGAGGAGCUGAACGAUGCCGGAUACAUUAUCCCCGGGUUAGGCGACGCCGGGGACCGCGCGUUCGGGACGGAGUGA